CGCAGGUGCGAAGGAGCUGGCUGGGGCCCGGGCCAGGGGAGGGCUUGAAGACGCGUCGUUUGGAUUUGGAGACUGUGGCAAAGCUAUCUGGGUUCGACCUCUGGGCGAAAAGCGUUUGUCAGGGGCCCAUCCUAGAACGAAGCCUGAGAGAUUCCCGAUGGUGUCCAUGACUUUCAAGCGGAGCCGCAGUGACCGGUUCUACAGCACCCGUUGCUGCGGUUGUUGCCAUGUCCGCACCGGGACUAUCAUCCUGGGGACCUGGUAUAUGGUGGUAAACCUAUUGAUGGCAAUUUUGCUGACUGUGGAAGUAACUCAUCCAAACUCAAUGCCAGCUGUCAACAUUCAGUAUGAAGUCAUUGGCAAUUACUAUUCAUCUGAGAGAAUGGCUGAUAAUGCCUGUGUUCUUUUUGCUGUCUCUGUUCUUAUGUUUAUCAUCAGUUCAAUGCUGGUAUAUGGAGCAAUUUCUUAUCAAGUGGGUUGGCUGAUUCCAUUCUUCUGCUACCGGCUUUUUGACUUCGUUCUCAGUUGUCUGGUUGCUAUCAGUUCUCUCACUUACUUGCCAAGAAUCAAAGAGUAUCUGGAUCAAUUACCUGAUUUUCCCUACAAAGAUGACCUCUUGGCAUUGGACUCCAGCUGCCUCCUCUUCAUUGUUCUUGUGUUCUUUACCUUAUUCAUCAUUUUUAAGGCAUAUCUAAUCAACUGUGUUUGGAACUGCUAUAAAUACAUCAACAACAGGAACAUGCCGGAGAUUGCUGUGUACCCUGCCUUCGAAGCACCUCCACAGUAUGUUUUGCCAACCUAUGAAAUGGCAGUGAAGAUGCCUGAGAAAGAGCCACCGCCUCCUUACAUACCUGCCUGAAGAAGUUCUGCCUUUGUCAAUAAACCCUAUACCAGCUUUUCGUCUUGUUUAUUUUACAGAAUGCUGCAAUACAGGGCUCUUCAAACUUGUUUGAUAUAAAAUACACUUUCCUUUGUUUAAGCAUUUAUUUUCAAACACUAACAAGCUUUUUUGACAUCUAUUCGAAGUCGGUUUUAUUUUGGUUUUUUUUUUUUACCGUUAUGUCUAUUACAUUUUAAUAGUGUUUUUGAAGACAAUCUAGGUUAAGCAAGAGCAAAGUGCCAUUGUUUGCCUUGAAAGGGGGGAGGGAUGGGGGUGUUCUCUACACAUUUUCUUUUGUAACUUUGCACUUUCUUUAUAUAAUAGUUUGCAUUUUGGUUAUUUGCUGCCCUGGGUACUUUCAGGAAGAAUGACUAAAAUAUUCAGGGUGAGUAAGUUGGGUAUAAGAUCUGAAGUUUUCGGCUAUGAAAACAGGAAAAAUCUAUACCAUUUUAACUUGACUGUGGAAGAUGACGGUUGCACGUUUCUAAUUUGUAUGUGUUUCCAUCUUUGUGAUAAGAUGCUUUAAUAAAUCUCUUAAAUAUUUA